AUGAGCAGCGGAGACACGACCGGUGUGGCAGGGCGCACCACCGCUCCUCCUUCCCGGGCCAGGUCUCCACCCGCUCCACCCGUAACGCACACGCACACGCACCAGCGUAACGAGUCGGUCACAUCGGCCAUGACGGCAGCAACCCCUCAGACCGGCGCCAGCCGCCUCGCUGCUGCUGCAGCGGCGAGCUCGAAACGCAGGGAAGGGCGCGAGCUCAAGUACGGCGAGGACGAGCAUCCUCUGUCCGAGUCAAGCCUUGCUGCUCGGGGCUAUCACACACUUCCGGCCAUGCAGCAUUUGUUCCAUGUGCCUAAUCGCUGGCGCCUGUUACGCGCCCUGGGCCAAGGAGCCUACGGCCUAGUUGUCUCCGUUCAGGACACGCUUAGCGGCGAGCCCGUUGCAGUCAAGUGCAUCACUCGUGUGUUUGACAAGCCCAUCUUAGCCCGGCGCGCUCUGCGUGAGAUUACUCUGCUGCGCCACUUUGGGGAGCAUGAGAACUUGACGGGGCUUAUCGACCUCGACAAUGUGUGGGAUGGUUACAACGAAAUAUAUCUCUACAUGGAGCCCAUGGAGGCAGACCUGCACCAGAUUGUACGGUCUGGCCAACCGCUCUCUAAUCUACACAUCCAGUUCUUCCUCUACCAGUUACUUCGCGGCAUGAAGUACAUCCACUCGGCCAACGUCAUCCACCGCGACCUCAAGCCCGGAAACUUACUCGUCAACUCGGACUGCGAACUCAAGAUCUGCGACUUUGGACUUGCCCGUGGCUUCAAGCCAGUUGGCGAGGGAGUCCACGAGCUUCGUCUCACCGAGUACGUGGCAACGCGUUGGUACCGUGCACCCGAGAUUAUGCUCUCAAAUCGCCGCUACACGACUGCGAUUGACGUUUGGUCCAUCGGAUGUAUUUUGGCGGAACUCCUGGGCGGGAAGCCUGUCUUUAAGGGCAAGGACUACGUCGACCAGCUCAACCUCAUCCUAGGUGUGCUUGGUACGCCCGAUGACGAGACGCUCAAGCGCAUGAGCUCGGACAAGGCGCGUGCAUAUGUCAAGACUCUUCCUUUCAAUCCACGUGUGGCACUCGAGGACGUCUUCCCUGAUGCGGAACACGAUGCUGUCGACCUGCUUGGCAAGCUCCUCGCCUUUGAUCCCGACGAGCGGAUAGACGUCACCACUGCGCUCCAGCACCCUUACGUCGGAACUUACCACGACCCCGCCGACGAGCCAUCGUGUGCUGCCGUGUUCAACAAAUGGGAGGAGGUUGAGGGUCUCCAGACCGUCGAGGAACUGCGCGAGGCCAUCACCCGCGAAAUCUCCGAGUAUCGUGCGGAAGUCCGCGGUCUCGCGGAGCUCGCCGACGGGUUUGACGACGAAUACGAGUACGACGAGGACGAGUUCGAGGCCGACGGCGAGCAGUACGAGGAGGAAGAAGAAGAAGACGAGGACGAGGACGAGGGCGAGGAGCUCGUGCAGGAACCCGAGAGAGAUGAGUCCGGGGAGACCGUUGUGGAACCACAAACACGGUUCGUCGACAACCAGCGGGGCGACCUGGGGGUCCAGCCCACACGGUCGCUGAGUGCUUCGCCCCGUGUUCGUCGCGUCACUCUUCCGAGCCAGAGGCGAACGAGUCGCCGGGACGAGUCUCCCGCGACGCCCGUCACGAACGUCUCAGAGGAGUCGUUCGGGCACACGCCAGGCGCGGUCCCAGUCCGUCCAGCGCAUCCGCGCCGCUCGUCCAGUCAGUCAGUGACGCACCGGCGCUCCAUGAGCUUCCUCUUCGGCGGUGUGGGCGGCAUGACCUCGCUCUCAAUGUCGUCGACGAAGGGUGCAACUGGAGGCGAGGCUGCAGACGGCACAGCGGUCUCGAGCGCAGAGUACACGGGCAGCAGUAUGGUCGGGCGGCGAAGCCGUGCGCCAAGCGGCACAGUUGACGCGCUCCGCCCGCUCAUCAGACAGCUUAGCGCGACCAACCUGGCCGAGAUGCGGAUCAACACAGACGACCAACAACAGCACUCGGACAAGUCGCCGCGGCCAGGCAUGAUAACGUCGCGGCGCAGCUCGCGUGGCUCGCGCUCGUCACGCUCGAGGCGACCGUCGAGCGUGUGCCUCGCGACGGAGACAGAGUCGUGGCGCGAGGAAGGCAAGGACGGGCACGAGCACGCUACGGAGGACGCCGCCGCCGACGAGGACGCGACGGAGCAGCCGCCACCCACCGAGGACACGACUGUCGGGGAGGGGGAGCAUGACACUAAUUGA